CAAUUCUAAAAAUAGUAUCUGGUUUCCCACCUAACGAGUGAAAGAUGAUAGGCGCAUAUUCGCACGAGCUGAGCUCGUGGAAGGCAUAUCCUCGGGCACAUCACUACCAAAAGCGAUUCAAGGACGUCCACGCAAGAUUACAGAAAGUAACAAGUAAAUGGCCAUAUUCACCAAAAUUGAACGAGAACAUAACGGAUAGAUCAUGCAAGAUAGAAAAUGAUCUUCGACUGGUUGUCAUAGGGCGUGAGAAUGUAAAUGCCGAAAAAUUGGUCAUUUCCACUCAAUCAUUAAAAGGUGAUCGUGCACGAGGUUCCACUGUUUCUCCGAUAAAGUUAAGCUCAGACCUACAGCAGAAGAAUCAGUUUACGGUUGUUAUUUGUUAUGAAAAGAUCAAAGACUUUACAGAUGGAAGUUUGCAGAAAGUACAAGACACUUUCAAAUAUUUGGAAUCACAAGCUAAGAGCUUCCGGUCAUCUGUUCUUGGACCGCUUGUUGUCUGCGAAACAAAUGGUGCUACAAAAGGUAUCGAAAGCAAACGUAAAAGAUCUUUUUGUGAAAAAAUCAAGUUGUUAGCACAAAAAGAAACACCCGACAUUAGCACAGAUGAUGAAAACAUCAUGAUAGUUGACGUGAAAGAUAGUUCGGAGAUAAGUAGAAGAAUAUCUGAUAUCAUAGAGAGAGAAUUAAUGGAAGGCUUCAAUGGAUUGAUGAUACAUCUACUUGACAUCAUUGGUGAUAGAUAUUUCGAUGCAAGUGAAUUCGACAUAAUUGAAUCAGAUCAGCUUAUAACCGCAAUGCAAGGUUUUUUGAAGAACGGUUUAGGGUUUGUCGAUAUGCUUGAGUCUAAUAAUGAUCAGAUGUCAUUCAUUGAAAUUACGCUUACAAGAUUUAUGGAAGUCAUCAGAUGUGCUGUUAUGGCACCGCUGGCUGGCAAAUAUUGCUUAUCACAAGAUGAGUGCAACAAACUUGCCCAUCAGUUCGAGUUUGACGACAAAAUGAAAGAAAGUGUUUCAAGAAACGCACGAUAUCACUUAUCAAAGAUGGAAACCCCGUGCAAGGAUAUGCUGAAUGCUACAAAGGCCGGACACAAGCAUUAUUAUUUUCCUGGCAAAAAUUUUGCUUUCAUUGCAUACGUUGUACGAGAUGAUAUCAAGGGUGAGUUCCAAACUUUCGAAGAUCAUCUGAAUUCUACAAGACGUCUUGCAGUCACUAUGAGGAAAAUGUUGUUUGAGAUCGAUGGCUACAUAAAAAGCUCAAAAAUGAAACACGGUUAUGAUUUGAUACCCAGUCAGACGGAAAUUCCCCGAGAACUAAAGGAAGCAAUUUUUGGAGUUGACGGUGUGUAUGGAAUCGGAACAAUUUAUGGCAGAGUCGAAAUUCAUUUAGAGAACCUUAGUAUCCAGAAGAUGAAAGAAAUAAAGGAGCAGAUUUGUGAAAUAAUCCAGAAGUUCAAAUUCCUCAAACCAUACAGAGUAGAUAUCGUUCUGAAGAAGCCCCAACCAUUCUGUUUAGACACGGGUACAAGUAUUGGAUGCGAAUGUCCUACAGAUGAUUUUAGAUUUCGGGGCACUCUUGGUGGGCUUGUCCGAAAUGAAGACGGUGAAAUAUAUGUACUUACAUGUGCACAUGUUGUCCAUGCAGAACAUGAUGCGAUUCAUAAUGUAUUCGAUGGAAAUAGGCGUGUUUUUGCAGUUAGCCAACCAGAGACAAAAAUCCCCCCAGAACGUGGCACAUUAAUUGAUAUUGCUGCGGUAAAAGUGAUACAUGAAAAAGAUAAAAUGCGUUGCAGAACAAAUUUAAAAGACGAAGACGGAAACUAUAUGAGGACAGAGCUGUAUAUGGGUUUCGCUCAAGAACUUAUUGAAAGUGAUCGAAGGGUGUACAAACACGGGGCUGGUUCGCAGUUCACAGACGGACUAGUGUGUUCUUCAGACUACAGCAGAGCGAAUAGGGAUGUAACACAUCAGCUGUUGCUUAUAGAAACAAUGCCGGGUUGUGAAGACAACAGUUAUGCUUGCGAAGGAGAUAGUGGGUCAAUAAUCUGUAUGUCUGAUGUAGGUGCCCAACAUGUUACAGCAGUAUCCAUGCUUGCUGAAGGUGAAUUUGGGUUUACAGAUUACAACUAUUGCACGUCGUUUUUGUUGCGUGAAGGUAUUGAUAGUCUGAAUGCUGCAGGAAAUUUACAACUUCAUUUCCCAUCAGAUUGAUUGUAAAAUAUAAAAUUAUCUUUUACAGAAACGCUGCUGCCUUUUAUGUGAACUCUUAUGCCAUAGUAUCGUUUUGGAUAUCAACUAACCGGAUUCUUUUAUUUGUUCAAACCAUAUAAGCAUGACAUUAAUGUUUUCAUAUGGUAAAUACUUUACUCAGCACUAAAAUUUCAUAUCAUUAUUUUUAUCUCAUUAAAUUAAUGCUACUGCUGA